AUGCCGCCCAAAUACCAAACACCCAGUGGUAGCAAAUCACCAAGGCAAAGGCAGCGCACGCAGCUGUGCUGGAAGUCCAAGGGGUCCCCUUCCCCCCAGAUGCGCCGCUCACACUUAGGGAGAGCCGACAAGGGGCAAGGUCCCUCAUGGACACUGGCAAAGCGCAAGGACGCGGGAGGCAGACAGCCGGGAGCAGACAGCGCCGUCGCCUGCACGCGCGGGGCUGGGAAGUCCCGAGGCGCGGUUCGGGGGUCCCGGGGACCGGGUGGCAGCCCGAGAAGAGGUCUCCUCUGGGCUCUCCGCACGCCAGGCUCUGCGCCGCCACCACCCGGGGCUCCGGGGCGCGGCGCGCGCGCCACAGUUAGACACAGCCGCGCACCCCCGCGCCCGCGCCGCGCGUGCCGGAGAGGCCGCCCGCCGCGCCUCGGGAGGGUGGCCAGGGCGCGGCGGCCUCGCAGCUCCGCCCUGUCGCCCUCCGAGGCCGCCCGAGCCGCGGCGAGCCCACGCGGGCACGGCGCCGGGCCUCCGGGGACCCCCGACUCGGCCCCGGGCUUAGGGACAGGUGAGACGGGGCUCCCUGAGGACCGCGCCCCGCCGUCGCCCAGCUCGGCGUGCGCACAGCGGGCGGCGGGGCCGGCGAGCCCCGGGCCAGGAAAACGCCCAGCCAAGCCCCCAGCCCCCGCGCCCAGGCAGCUCCGCGUCGCGCCGCCCCUCGUGGGGCUGUCCAGGGCGUGGGCGGCCGAGGACCCCCGGCUCCGGCCGCAGACAUGCCCGCCCCCGCGCGGCCCCAGCCGCAAACUUGAGACCCACGCCUCGACUCAGUGCCUGCCCCAGGGCGCCGGCGCCACCGCCCGCAUUCCCCCUGCCCCGCACCCCGGCGUCCCACCAGGCCUCCCCGCCGUCCGCACGACCGGCGCUGCGGGGACGCAGGAGGUUUGGGGGUGA